AUGGGCGGAGGUGUGUCCAAGAGCGAGUAUGAGCGCAUCCGCAAGGAAUUGAUACUGAAGGACCAGGUCAUCCGAACAUUGCAGGAUCGACUGGCCAAUGGUGGUUACAUUGGUCCAAUGCAUGCCUCACCUGGAGAUGCUGAUGAUACAGAAGAGUUGGCACCUCCAGAACGAACGACCACGGUGGCGAAGGCACGGGGUAAGGAUAAAGAUCGAGUGUCGGCUGCUGAGCCAACGUCAGGCCCAAAACUUGAAAGAGAUGUCAGCUCUCGGUUUACAAUGCUUCGUGAGGCAAAGGAGCUACGUAGAGAAGGCAUCGAUCAACCAGACUCCGAAGCUAAAAGUCGAUACAAUUCAAUAGACCGAGGUACACCGGACAUCGAAGAUGGUAGAUCACCACAUAUUUCUUCGUCAAAGGGCAAAUUGCGGCGUGUCGAGGUGAGUGCCGAAGUCAUGCCGAGUCGCAAGAUCAUGGCGACAAAGGAGCGUGUAGUGUAUCCAAAAGGAGAAAGCUCCAGGCAACUUCUGCUCAAGAUCUUACAGUCGAACGUAUUGUUUCAAGGCCAGUCUCAUGGCGAAAUUCGUGAUUGUUUGGACGCAUUCUUCCCAAUGCGAGUCGAACCCGGUCACCUGGUGAUAAAACAAGGAGCGCAAGGGGAUAACUUUUACGCCGUCGAGAGUGGACAGCUUGAGAUUUUAGUAUCAAUGGGCGGGGCACCACCGAUCCGGUAUGGUUUUCUGGGUCCAGGACUUGGGUUUGGUGAGCUUGCUUUGCUGUACAAUAUGCCACGAGCUGCUACCAUUCGUGCCGUGACUGAGGUGGAGCUAUGGGCACUUGAGCGCAACACGUUCCGUGAAAUAUUAGCCUCGCACAAGCUAAACCGUCUCAACCGAACGCUCGAAGUAUUGCGGAAGAUUGCAAUACUAAGCAAACUCACAUCGUCCGAAAUGCAGCAAGUAGCGGCAGCGAUGGAGUGGGAAGAGUUCGAGGAGAACGCUGCGAUUGUACGGCAGGGGGAGGUGGGUGAAAAGUUCUACAUUAUCAACAAGGGCGAGAUCAUAGUCACGCAGUUGGAUGCCACCACUGGAGAGGAAAACGUUAUUCGACGACUAAAAGAUGGUGACCAUUUCGGUGAGAUGGCACUUUUCAAGGACGAAAUGAGAUCUGCUACCUGUACAGCAGUAACGAGAGUGCAGUGCGUUACGCUUGAGCGCGCUCACUUCAUUGCAAUGCUAGGAACUCUUCAGGAGCUUAUGGACCGAGAACCAGCACACCUGGAGACGAGGGAUCUCGCGCAUAGACGAACAUCAAAUGAGGCGCUGGUAGAACCUGCAGACUACAAAUACUACAUGGAGAUUCCGCGAGAAGAACUGGAGGUACUACAAACGCUGGGACGCGGUGCAUUCGGGCGCGUCCGACUCGUACGUCACGCAGCUUCUAACCGCGCUUAUGCACUGAAAUGCUUGAUUAAAUCACAUAUCGUGGAGAACAAUUUGAAGGAGCAUGUAUUGAACGAAAAGCGGGUCAUGCUUGCACUAGAUCAUCCGUUUAUUCUGAAGCUGUAUACAACCUUCAAAGACCGAACGCACAUUUAUUUCCUGGUGGAACUAGCGCUAGGAGGAGAACUUUUCACGUAUUUACGUCGGAGAGACCAUUUUGAAGAACCUGUUGCACGGUUCUACAUUGCCAGCGUCGUGCUUGUCUUCCAGCACAUGCACUCGAAGAGCAUCGUGUAUCGUGAUCUAAAGCCUGAAAAUAUUCUCCUGGAUAACGAAGGCUACAUGAAACUCGCAGAUUUUGGACUAGCCAAGCUCGUGACAGACCGCACAUGGACAUUGUGCGGUACACCUGAUUAUCUCGCACCCGAGAUUAUCUUGAACAAGGGUCAUGAUAAGGCAGUCGAUUACUGGGCCUUAGGCAUUCUCAUCUUCGAGCUAAUGACAGGAUCUGCUCCAUUUUACGCUCAAGACCCGAUGCAGAUUUACGCUCUUAUUAUCCAGGGUAACGUCAAAUUUCCGGCUUAUAUGGGACGAGCUAGUGUAGACCUCGUUCAGAAGUUGCUGUGUCAGAACCCAGCGCGACGACUAGGAAACAUGAAGCAUGGGAUCAAGGAUAUCAUCAAUCACCGCUGGUUCUCUAGCUUCCAGUGGGACAGUCUGAAAACUAAGAGCAUGAAGCCCCCGAUCGUACCACAGAUCCGUGAUGAUUUCGACACGUCAAACUUCGAGGACUUUCGCCACGAAGUCGAGGAUCCAGGUCACGAGUGUGACUGGGAUCCGGACUUUUAGAUCGUUUGUCGGAUAGCAAUAAUACUACUCAAAUUUAGUUAUCACACCAAGAAAAGAGCUAAGAAGCGUGAAAC